UUUUGCCGCGUCCAGAGUCAUCCGGCAAGAUGGUCUCCCUGCUUUGUCUGCACUGACCGGAGUUAUCCCUCUAUUCUGGCCUGAAAUAGCCCAACUCAAGCCACCCACCACUCUGAAUCAUUGACAGUUCAACAAAAGCAAACCCUACAUUUGUGAGUCACAAGAUGACGCCUGUGAUAAUCAGAGCUGAGUUUCCUUCCAGUGAAGAUCUGAUCAAAAGCAGAAAAGCAGACUGAAGCCAAAAGGCAAAGAUAAAAUCUUAGUGGGGGAAAACACAGUUUGCAACCUGUCGUCCAAGUCAUCCGACUAGACUGAAUUGAAUCAAAAGAAAGUUUCAAGGAAAUAGAGGUAAGGUUUAUCCAGACUGCUGUGUAUCAAACUUCGACCAAAUGGCAAACGCUGAGGAGCCUUGUAGCUCGACCGACAGGAUGAAGCCCUCCUCAUCUCAACAAAAGAGGAAGCUCACAUCUACAGCCAAGCCCUCUGGCCAUAAUGAUAGCUCUGCCGAAAGUGAGAAUGACGGCGCCACCUCCGACAGCAAUACCGGCAGUGUAUCCAAAAGUACGUUGGUGAUGAGACCAUCUGGGAAAGAAAAUAAAGGGGCCAUGAAGCUCAGAGUGGAUUUCAAGUCCAAACCUACAGAUGACAGCAUGCAGAAAAAGGUAACUUGCACAGCCUGUGGAAAACAAGUGAAUCAGUUUCGCCGGAGCUCUGUGCACCAGCAUCCAGUUCUCAAAGUCCUCAUCUGUAAGUCGUGCUACGAGUAUUACACGAGUGACGACAUCAGUCGGGACUCUGAUGGGAUGGAUGAGCAGUGCAGGUGGUGUGCUGAAGGUGGCAAUCUCAUCUGCUGUGACUACUGCAGUAACGCUUUCUGCAAAAAGUGCAUCCUUCGUAACCUCGGUCGAAAGGAGCUGUCAGCCAUAACAGAUGAAGGCUCCAAGUGGAACUGCUAUGUCUGCCAAGCAGAGCCUCUUCAGGAUCUGGUCUCCAAGUGUCACUCUAUUAUUGAAAAACAUGUCAGCGAGAAGCUGAAACAGAAAAAAACACAUAAACAGGACGACAGCGAAAGGAGCACAUUGAAGAGCAAAGCCGUUAAAGAACAUAAAGCAGUUGUGAAUGGUAAGGAACACGCGGAAGGCUCAGGGACCAUGACUUUUUCUUACAAAAAUCUUCAGGUGCCAAAAGAGACGUUGAAGAAGGCAAAAAAGCUCAUUGAAACUACAACUGGACUGAAUCACACUUUCAUCCAAUUUAUACAGCAGGCCAGUGUGAAAGAGGAAGAUAAGUCUGUCAGGUAUCGACAUUUAAAAGCCUUCAAGGCUGUUCUUGCUGAUUUGAAAAAGGCACACAGUGCCUUGGAAGAAGCUCUGGAGCCUGAAUUCAAGCAAAUUGAGUUACAGAAUGGUGAUGGGGCUCAGCAUGCGUCGAGAAAAAACACAAUCAAUGUGGCUGCUCUACGUAUAGACCACACAAAUAGGGUUGAUGAGGAAGACUCAGCGGAAGAGUCGGACAACCAUCAAAUGGACUCUGAGGUGCCAGAGGAGGGUGGACCCGCUGGGUAUUUUAAGAAGUCAGCUGAGAAGCCUCCUGAAAAUCAGAUUCCCGAGAAACUGCCUGCUCAAAAAGAUCAGCCCUCGGAUGAGGACGUGGCGUCGGAAGAAAUGCCAUUUGUUGAGCCUGAAGAUUCAGAAGAGCAAAUGCUUGAGGAACCAGGAAAAGCUGGAUUUGAAGUACUUGAAGAGGCAGAACUUGAGGAGCCUAGCAUGGAAAACAAUCUGAAGGCAAAUACACCACAAAUGAAAAGCAUCCAAACUGAAAACUCUGAAAAGACAGUUGCAUCAAAAACUGAAAAUUCUGAAGAGAUGCUUUCAUCCGGUGAGCUGGAUCAGGACAUCAUGUCUGUCUCUCCAUCUGUUCCUGAAGAACUUUUCCAAAUGGUGGAGAGUCUUGCGGAAUCCACCAUGCUUUCCAAAAAUAACAGUUCAGACCCAAGUGAUGGCACAAAGGCAAAUGAAAAGGAUCAUGGUCGCCCUCAACCAAAGGUAAAGAACUUAAUUGUCAAGUUGACUCCUGUUCCUGUUGUAACGACACGUGAAUCCACGUCAUUGAAGUCUAAGAGGAAGGGACAAGAUGCCGAACAGCUUAAAAAACCCAAAGAAGAUGCUAAUGAAGAUGUGACGGACAGCCCGCAGCGUAGCACCCGGCCCGGGAGAGUGAAGACGACACCCCUGAGGAAGCAAGUUGGCAGCAACGAGGACUCGUCUGAUUCUGAAUCGGAGGGUGUGUCAUCCAAACGUUCAAAGGCCAUCAAGAAGAAGGUGGACAGAAAAGGCAAGGAAGACUCAUCCGAGUCAGAUGAUGAGCCUAAGACAAGGUCGUCAAGCAAAUCCAAGCACUCUGUUGGAAAGACACGGAGCAAGGGGAAGGAGGACACGACUGAAUCGGAGAAAGAAGAGUCAGCAGAACCGACCAAAUCGUCCAAGCGCAGCAACACGAAGGAAGAGAGUAACAUUACAGGCCAUUUAUCUGAAUUAGAAGGAAGUGACAGGGCAAAGGACAAUCUCUCUGAAAAGUCCUGCAGCGUCAAACAGGAGAAUGAGGAGCUUUCACUGGAUUCUAAUCUCAAACGUGAAGAAGACUCUGAUUCAGACGAAAUCCCAAACAUUUUACUUGAAAAGGCGGCUGAAUGCAACGACUCAGACGACGAACAAGAGAGUUCAAGUGCCAAAAAGACUUCCUUUAAAUCGAAUGGCAAAUCCUCGGACAAGGUUUCAAAGCGUAAAAGGAAUUCUGACAGUUCAGAUUCAGAUCUUCAGAAGAGCAAAAAGUUGUCCAAGAAAAAGGUGGACAAGGAGUCCGACUCCUCUGACGAGGAGAAAAGCGCCAAGGGUAAAGCAAUAAGGAAGUCCAGCCGAGCAAAGAAGCAAGGAAUGGAUGAGGAGAGAGAUUCCCCAGAGAAAAAGCCAGGAGAUCGCAGAAGGUCGUACGAAAGGAAGCACAAAAGUAAGAAGCUCAAGGCAGUUUCCAAGUUGGAGUCUUCCUCCAGUAAUGAUGGUGAGGAUGACGAUGAGCAGCAAGCGGAGGAUGAUUCAGGAGAAGACAGCGAUCAACAAAAGAUCAAACCCAUCACUGAGUCUAAUGUGGUUGUUAGUGAAGGAACUUUCCGUCAGUCUUCAGGCGAAGAGAUGUCUGGUAAAGAGGACGGACCACAACCUUUUGAAGAUGACGACGAUGAUCCGGAAAAUAGGAUUGCAAAGAAGAUGCUUCUCGCCCAGAUCAAGUCUAACUUAUCCUCUGGAGCAGAGAGCUCCUCAGACAACGAGGAGGAAGAGGAGGAGGAAGAGGAGGAUGAAGAUAAGUCUACCAAGAAGGUCAAAAAAGAAGGCCGUAAAAGGGAUGACACAAAUGAUGAAGAAGAUUCCACAGAGUCCGAGGGUUCGCUUGUUGAAACAAAGAAAGCGAAGAAACACAAGUUGCUACGACAUAAGCUGUCCUUAAGCGAAGGGGAAUCUGGAGACGAGAACUCUGCUAAGAAGAAAAAAAACAAAGCAGCUAAGAAGAAGGCAGACAGAAGGAGGGUGGGAAGUGACGACUCGGAAGACUCUGACUUCAAGAAGUCGGCCUCAAAUGACAAUACUGAGUUAAGCGAGGAACUGUCUGAUUCAGAAAACGAUGAGAAGCGCAGAAAGACAAGGUCAUCGAAGAAGGAGGAUGAGGAGAAGCAGCGGAGUUAUAAGCAGAAAAAGAAGCGACGCAGAAUUAAAGUUCAGGACUCCUCAUCCAGUGAUGAAAAGAGUGGUGGGGAAGACGAUGAUCCAGACGGAGAGGGGCGCAAAAAUCGCAAGAAGAUUCGCAAAAUUUUGAAGGAUGACAAGUUGAGAACAGAGACGAGAGAUGCCCUAAAGGAAGAGGAGGAGAGGAGGAAACGCAUCGCAGAGCGAGAAGAACUGAGGAAGAAGCUCAGAGAGACAAUUGUUGUCGAUGAGGCCUCUCAGGUUACUUGUCCCAUCACAACCAAAUUGGUGCUUGAUGAAGAUGAAGAAACCAAGGAGCCAAUCGUUCAGGUUCACAGGAACCUUGUUACGAAGCUAAAACCUCACCAGGUCGACGGUGUGCAGUUCAUGUGGGACUGCUGCUGCGAGUCUGUGAAAAAGAUUGAGAAGUCUGCUGGCUCUGGUUGCAUCCUUGCCCACUGCAUGGGUCUGGGCAAAACACUGCAGGUGGUGACAUUCCUUCACACUUUGCUGCUUUGCGAGAAGCUGAACUUCACGACCGCUCUGGUGGUUUGUCCCUUGAACACGGUUCUGAACUGGCUCAAUGAGUUCGAGAAGUGGCAGCACGGAAUGAAAGAUGAGGAGAGUUUGGAGGUGAUCGAGCUGGCCACAGUAAAAAGGCCUCAGGAAAGAGCCUUUGCCCUCCAACAGUGGCACGAGUCAGGGGGUGUUAUGAUCAUAGGCUAUGAAAUGUACCGAAAUCUGACGCAAGGAAGAAACACCAAAAGCAAGAAACUGAAAGAGGCAUUUCAAAAGACACUUGUUGAUCCAGGCCCAGACUUAGUGAUCUGCGACGAAGGUCACAUUCUCAAGAACGAGGCGUCUGCUGUUUCAAAGGCCAUGAACUCCAUCCGAACCAGAAGACGGGUUGUCCUGACUGGCACUCCACUUCAAAACAACCUCAUUGAGUACCACUGCAUGGUGAACUUCAUCAAGGAGAACCUGCUCGGGUCGGUGAAGGAGUUUAGGAAUCGUUUCAUUAACCCUAUCCAGAACGGUCAGUGUGCUGACUCCACACCGCAGGAUGUGCGCGUCAUGAAGAAGAGAGCUCACAUCCUGUAUGAGAUGUUGGCUGGAUGUGUUCAGAGAAAAGACUACACUGCGCUGACCAAGUUCCUGCCGCCAAAACAUGAGUAUGUGCUGUCGGUCAGAGUCACUCCAAUCCAGUGCAAACUCUACCGAUACUACAUGGAGCACUUUACUGGUGUUGGGAAUGCGAUGGAGGGGGGGCGUGGCCGAGCAGGAACCAAACUCUUUCAAGAUUUCCAGAUGCUCAGCAGAAUCUGGACGCAUCCCUGGUGCCUUCAGCUGGACUAUAUCAGUAAAGAAAACAGGGGAUUCUUCGAUGAAGACAGCAUGGAGGAGUUCAUUGCGUCUGAAACUGACGAGUCCUCCAUGAGUUUGAGUUCUGACGAGGAGAAGAAAAAGAAGAAAAAGAAAGGGGGCAAGGGGAAAAAGAAGGGGACCGAAGACUCAGAUAGUGAUGAUGUGGAGGUGAUCAAGGAGUGGAACAGCAGCUCCCGUGGCAGGAAUGGAGAGGGCAGGACCCGGCCUGAUCCAGUGGAGGAGCGUCAGACCUCCAGUUCAAGACCAGGAAGUCCAUGUGCUGACUGGCACAAAGAUUUUGUUACUGAAGCAGAUGCUGAAAUCCUGGAACACUCUGGGAAGAUGGUUCUGCUCUUUGAGAUCCUGCGCAUGGCAGAGGAAGUGGAUGAAAAAGUGUUGGUCUUCAGUCAGUCUCUUAUCUCACUGGACUUGAUCGAAGACUUUCUGGAGCUGGCCUGCAGAGCUAAAGAUGAAGACAAGAUCUCUCCUUACAAAGGAGAGGGCAAGUGGUACAGGAACAUUGACUACUACCGUCUAGAUGGGUCAACUAAUGCCACCACCAGGAAGAAGUGGGCAGAAGACUUUAAUGACACUAGUAACACGAGGGGCAGGUUGUUCCUCAUCUCAACUCGUGCCGGUUCUCUCGGCAUCAACCUGGUGGCAGCUAACCGAGUCAUUAUCUUCGAUGCCUCCUGGAACCCCUCAUAUGAUAUCCAAAGUAUUUUCAGGGUCUAUAGAUUUGGGCAGAUCAGAACCGUCUACGUCUACAGAUUUCUGGCACAGGGUACCAUGGAAGAGAAGAUUUAUGAGCGGCAGGUUACCAAACAAUCGCUGUCAUUUCGGGUGGUCGACCAACAGCAGAUUGAGCGGCAUUUUACCAUGAAUGAGCUGGCGGAGCUCUACUCCUUUGAGCCGGACCUGCUGGAUGACCCCUCAGAGAAGAAGAGCAAGAGAGCCACCCCCAUGCUCCCCAAGGAUCCCUUCUUGGCUGAAUUGCUCCAGAGCAACAAGGACCAGAUAGUGUGUUAUCACGAACAUGACUCCCUGUUGGACCACAAGGAGGAAGAAGCCCUCAGUGAGGAAGAUCGCAAAGCAGCCUGGGCCGAGUACGAGGCAGAGAAAAAGGGUCUUUCUAUGAGGACCAACUACCCCACACAGUACGGCGGUAUAGACAUGGGGAACUCUGGCUACUUCUCCUACAACAUGGCAGCUUUGGCCUCCAUGACCAACCAGCAGCUGGAGGAAUUGAUCAACCAGGGCCGACAGAAGGUGAUCGAGGCGACCAACGCGCUGAAGGCUCUGCCUCGGGAGUCUCUGGAGGACAUCGUCGGUCGCCUGUGGAAGGACAACCCGUCACUCUUGGAGAGCCAGGUCCAGUCCAUGGCCCUGGGCAGGCUCACCUCCGUGGAGAUGGAGAUCAAACGCAGAGAAGCCAUUUAUAGAGACGUGGUCAACAGGCAGCAGACGCUGAUGAUGUACGUCCAGAAGCUGAUCAACAACAGGAAGGUCCAGGAGCAGCAGCUGGCCAUGGCCAACCAGGCCAGCUACCUGAACCAGCUAGCUCUGCAGAACGGCAUGCUGGGAGCCGGCGGGCUCAGCCAAAUGGACCUGCUGGGUCUGUACCAGCAGCUCCAUGGCAUGAGCUCCCACCAAGCCAUGGGCAAGAAUCCCGGGCCCUCCACGGGCCUUUAGGACCAAGAGACACCUGGACUCCAGCUGAGGUUCCCUGCUCUUUCACAGGCCACCUUAGGUCCACUUGGAGCUCAGUGCAAACGCUGAGACUCUGCUGCUGUCCACUGAGGCCACACGUGGUUCUGAACUCGCACUGGGGCCUGGAGAAACCUGUAUAAAUGCUUGUUUGAAAGGCUUCUACUUGGGAACCUGUCAUGGUUUUAAAAAAAAAGAGAUGUACAUACCGCCUUAAAGUUGCUCACGUUCUGUACGUUCAUGUUUUCAAGUAUUUAAAGAAAAAGAUUUCCCCUGGAUGAGCGUUGUUUUGUUGAGAUUUUUAUACUGUUUUCAACGUCUAAGUGAGCUGAGUGGGACCAGUGUUGUUGCCGGCAAGGCUCCAGGGCCGAGGAGAUCCCUCCCUCCCUCCACCAUCUGCUCUCUGGUGCUGCUGUGUCGUCACGGAGAUGGAAGACCAUUGGUUUGUUGACAGAAACAGCCUUAUAUGACUAGUUUAUUCAAAUGUGUAAAGAGUUUUCAAGCAUUUUUUUUAAAAUUCUAUUUCACUACUCCAUGUUUCUGUUACCCGUUGCUAUCGGAAUGCUUGUGUCCUUCUCGAACUGCCUGCUGGUUUCUGAUUACUUUCUUACUGACAUCAUCCACGUGGUCACGUGAUGUCUAGCAUAGCACUGUGUUUUGUCUCUUGUUCAUGUCCUACUGCUUUUAUUCCCAGUCGGGGUGAAGGACUGACCAAGCACAACCGGUUCGGUCAGCGUUGGCAGGGCCCAACCAGUCUGUCCAAAUUGAAAAUGUGUGUUCAGGACAGGGUCCGUAGUUAGAAGCACCUGUUGUCGGUCAAGCGUCAGAGGAACUCUUUAGCUGCUUUUAGGUCCUCCAGGUGACGCUAACGUUGACCAGAUGAGAUUGUCGGCAUUUCUCCUGAAAACUUUCGCCAGUCGGCUCCUGUGUUUGCACAAGGUGUGUUUCUUCAAUGGUUUCUCGUCUAAGAAUGUUGGCAGAUAACACCCACAUGUUUUAUCAUGAACCUGAUUAUCUUGUAUUUAAUAUAACAUUUAAUAAAGCGACCAAA